UGGGUAUAAAACAACGAUUCGGUGUGGACAGAAUCCAGUCACAACUCGUGCUUCGUAAAGAAACAACAUUAAGUUUAGAGCAGCUAUUUGCAACAAAUACAAUAUGGCCCUAAAAGUAUUCUACACCAAACUGGCCAUUGUCCUAAUUGCAUCGACCAUUUUGCUAAUGAUGUCGCCUGCCAAUGCUACCUUUAGGAAGCCUCCAUUCAACGGAUCCAUUUUUGGAAAAAGAUCCGGAAGCAUUAACACUGAGUACGACCCUGCAGGAAAAGCAUUAUCUGCUAUGUGUGAGAUUGCAAGCGAAGCGUGUUCCUCCUGGUUUCCAUCUCAAGAAAAGUAAAAUGCCAAAUGAUCUAGACACAAUUAACUGCAACCUAUAAUUUUAUAUUAAUGUAACAAAUUAUUAAAGUAUUUUAAAAAUUC